AUGGGACAGCUCAGUGCUUUUCAAAUGACAGUGAUAUCAACUCUUGUAAUCACUUCAGUAAAUUUGGUAACUGGGCAAAUUAGCACUCCUUGCACAACCUCUAUGAUUAACAGCGUUACCCCAUGCAUCAACUUAAUAACGGGAAGCACCAAUAAGGGUCUAACGCCGUCAGAUACGUGCUGUGAUUCAUUACUGUCUUUGAUAAGCACUAAUAUGGAGUGUGCAUGCCUUCUGCUAUCAGCCAACGUUCCAUUCCAACUACCCAUAAACCAAGUUCUUGCCCUCUUCCUUCCACAAGCAUGCAACAUAAGUGAAAUGCCUGCACUGUGCAAAGCCUCUGGUUCUCCUUUACCGGCUCCAGGCCCGGCUCUACUUGGAUCAAAUGACCCAACUCUUGCGCCCAUUGCUCCACCUCCCUUAAGCCCACAAGUUUCCAAAACCAUUGCCAUAGCUGAAGCUCCCAAAUCUGAGAUUCUACAACCAAAAUUGUCACCAGCACCAGCAGAAUUAACAAUGACAAAGCAAAAGCGCCCACGAAAACUGCAGGAAUUAGACCAGUACUUCUGA